AUGUGUUCUAAUAAUUGUUUUAUCAUCUUAUGCCACCCGCAGCUUGAAGCGCUCGAUCUGCAGCUGCUGCACGACAUUUUCCAGGCCUCGACCCAUGCGCAGACGACGGAGGGCGGCACCAUUGAGCCACUGGAGAGCUACGACCUGCUGGAGCAAUGCUCGGCUGAGGACAAGCAGCGCUGGGUGGAGUUGGGGCUGGAGGCUGUGAGUCGGGGUCAAGUGUGCGCUCUGGUGCUGAGUGGAGGUCAAGGCACGCGCCUGGGCUUCGCUGGGCCCAAGGGUAUGUACAACAUCGGGCUGCCGUCCGAGAAGAGUCUGUUCCAGUUGUUCGCCGAGAGGCUGUUGGCUUUGGAAGCCCUGGCGGCCAACAAGUUCCCGUCGCGGCCUCGGGACGAGAUCCAGAUCCCGUUCUACGUCAUGACCAGCAAGAUGAACCACGAGACGACGCUCGGCUUCUUCAGGGAGAACGCGUUCUUCGGACUGAAGGAGUCGCAGAUGUUCUUCUUCCCGCAAGGCACGCUACCGUGCUUCACGACGGAUGGCAAGUUGAUUCUGGAGAACUCGCACAAACUGGCCACGGCGUCGGACGGAAAUGGCGGCAUCUACAAGGCGCUGGAGUCCAGUGGGGCACUCGCGAAGCUGCAGGCUCGCGGUGUCAAGUACCUACAUGUGUUUUCCGUGGACAACGCGCUGUGCAAGGCGGCCGACCCGACGUUCAUUGGAUACUGCAUCGACAAGCAAGCGGACUGCGGUAGCAAGGUGGUCUGGAAGGCCAGCCCUGACGACCGUGUUGGCGUCGUCGCCAAGAGGAACGAUCGCUUUUGUGUCAUUGAGUACACAGAAAUCGACCGUGAAAUGGCAGAGCGUGUCGACCCGCGAACGGGCAAGCUGGUCUUUGGAGCAGCCAAUAUCUGCAACCACUUCUACACCAUUGAUUUCUUGGUGAACGUGGUGCUGCCGAACUUGAGCCUGGAGUAUCACGUAGCGCACAAGAAGAUCCCCAUGGCGGACGACUCCGGUGCGACGUACACGCCUACGAGCAACUCGGGGAUCAAAUUGGAGUCUUUCAUCUUCGACGUGUUCCCCUUGUCCUCGCGCAUGGCGGUGCUCUCCGUCCCUCGCGAGACGGAGUUCGCGCCGGUCAAGAAUCCCCCUGGAAAUCCUGUGGAUUCGCCUGACAGUGCCCGCCGCAUGCUGCACGAUGAAGGGAAGGCCUGGCUUGUUGCUGCGGCGUCAUCCGUUUCGCAGGAUGCUGGAGACCGCAUCGAAAUCUCGCCUCUGGUCUCGUACAACGGAGAGGAGCUCGAAGCGCAGGUCAAAGCACUCAUGGAAGGCCCUCCUCGCGAUGUCAUUCGACUCUGA